UACAAUGGUCACUCAAACUUGUUUUGGCGGGUUGAAUUUGUAAACAAUGUUACAGGAAGUAAUCCAAUACAGCACUUUUUUCUUUUUGGCUUUGGUGUUUACAUACUGUACAGCUACGUUUUCGUUUGAAGAAGUAACAGCGCUCUUUAUUCCUCUUGGCAUUUUUUACGCCUUCGUUUUAUUUGGCCUAUUUCUUAUCGUCUUUAUCCUUGGCGAUUUAUUCUAAUGCAAGGCAUUUAAAAGACCGAAUUUCCUUAAAAGUCUCUGAAGGAAACUUUUUGAAAUAAACCAUGAGUUCAAAUUCCCCAGCUCAGUUUGUUCCAAGCACACCAAGGUUUCGAUUGUAUACCACGGAAGACGCUUGUGCCAACUCAUCUCCAGCAGCAGUUGUUCCAAGCAUGGGGCAGUCUUUAGACAGGACAACAGAUUCUAGCGAUGCUGCGGUUCCAAGGACUCCUGUUGCAGAACCAACACCGACAAGAACACCACAUAAUCACAGAUUUAGUGCAGUUCCACAGACACCAGUUUCGCGUUAUGCAAAUUAUAAGUUAGAAAACCUAUCAGAUCAACAGGUGCCUUCCACACCUAAAAGAAAUCAAAAUCCUACUUUUUCAACCCAUUCUGUAGCCACUGCAACAAAUAUACGGAGGGCUGAACGGCUUCACGGACCCAGGCGUAAACCACGCCGUAUUCUGCCUUCAUCAAUGGAACAAGACUCUCGUACCAUCAACUUCUUCAGUGGCGAGAAUAUUUUUUCCUAUUAAGAAUUAAAUGGGAUGAUGAAGAAUUAACUACAGCGCUGACAUUAAUCUCCAUAUACACAUGUAGUAAAUGUUAAACCCCCCCCCCAAUUUACAUUUAAGAAAAUGCAUCUGUGUAGAUGGAGUAUAGAUAAAGUGUAUUCACUUAAAAAGCUUCCAUUAUCGGUUACUGUAAUUAAAUACAAGGCUUGUAGUCUGGUGAUUUUUUUUUCGAUU